CCUAAUAAGGGCAGUUUCUGCAUAUGCAGGGAUGGCAGCUAUGGCACGAUGGUGGCGUGCGAAAAUGACAGUUGCCCGAUCGAGUGGUUUCAUAUUGGGUGCAUGGGCAUGGAAAAGGCACCUGCUCAAACGGCAGUAUGGUAUUGCCCAGAAUGC